AUGGAUAUCCCUUGGAUUUUCUUGUUUCUGCUCUUGAUUUGUAAGUUAUAUAGUUAGUAACAGUAAUUUAAACGGUAAUAGUAUUUGAUACAAAAACAAAAUUAGUAGAAGAUAUACAGUAAUCUUUAAAAUCGGACCAUAAACUACUGUAAUUUAGACUGUGAUGGACAGAAACUGGAGCUGGAGAAGAAAGAAAGACUGGCCAAAGUGUUAGAGUAAGUGAAGCUACAGUAUACCCAUAUUCCUAGAGACAUCCGAGCCAAAAUCAUCUCCGACGAUGAUUCUGAAUACGUAGAAGGCAGUGGAGUCGGGAACGAUGAACAAUUCGUCGCCAAUCUGGUCGUUCGACCAGGGUUCCCGGUCGAUAAACAUAAGCCUACUUUGCAGUUCAUGCCUCACUUCGAGAACGACUUUUUCGAAUUCAUGGUGCCGGAGGGAGUCAGCGACAAACCGGGAGUCAUGGCCAUAUUACUUUUCUACGGGAUUCUGGAUUCAUCUCUGCCUGAGUUCAGUUUGAGUGGAAAUGGCAGCGAAUUCUUGGAGAUUGGAGAUCUCACGGUCACUCAGGUAAUGUUAAACGUUACUCACUACUAUAAUAUGAAAGAACGCGGAAACUAGCUCAGAAGAUUAAAGUACAAACCAAGUUUCAUAUGGGAGCGGGACUUUUCGGGGAAUGCAGUUUCGGGGAAUGCAUUUUCGGGGAAGACUUUUCGGGGAAAGACAUUUUGGGGAAUGGACCCUUCGGGGAAUGCAUUUUCGGGGAAUGUACCCUUCGGGGAAUGAACUUUUCGGGGAAUGUACCCUUCGGGAAAUAAUGUUUUUUAAAUUUUAAAUUUAAAAAUAUGUUAUAAAGUUUGUAAAAAUAGAUAGGCAGGGAACUUUUGGGAUGGUGAAUUUUCAGGGCAAUUUCAAAAACUUCACCUUUUAUUAUAUUUCCUCAAGGUAUUUUUUAUAGGUUAAAAUUUAUACUUUAUACGAAAGUUUAUAUAUAUGUUCAAAUGAACAAACAGUUUUGCUAAAGUUUCACUUUUAAUUCUUUGUUUUAUUCUUAUGCUUUUGUAAGAGAGUUCAAAUCAUACCCAACACCAUAUUUUAUCAAUUGUAAAGUAAAUGUGAUUUAAAAGUUAGUAAGAUGUAAAAGGGUUAAAAAAAUAAUUAAAAAAAAAAGACGUCCUAGAGUAAAAUUUAAUUUUUUUCUGAAUUUUUUAAAUUUUAUCAAUCUUUUUAAAUAAUAUAAAAAUUUUAAUAUGGCCGAAUCACAUUACACUCACUGACUGAAUCACAUGUGCCUUUAUUAAGUAUCGUUAACGUUGACAUCGAUCGUACAAUGAACGUUCCUAUGACACUUUUUUGUAUGCUUUUAAUGUUAGGUCGCAUGCCUGUUAGAGUACUGUGAAAGUUAUCGUACCGUGCCGUGACCGUUCUAAUGUUACUGCUUUUUCUGGUUCGCAAAAACAUCCGAUAGUAAAUUAUAAUUGUACUUCAAAAACAGUAACAUUUGAACGUUCACGGCACGGUACGAUAACUUUCACAGUACUCUAACAAGCAUGCGACCUUACAUUUACAUCCUACAGUUUAAAAAAGUAUACAAAAAAGUGUCAUAGGAACGUUCAUGGUACGAUCGAUGUUAACGUUAACGAUACUUAAUAAAGGCACAUGUGAUUCAGUCAGGGUUUGUUCCCCGAAAAGUUUAUUCCCCGAAGGUACAUUCCCCGAAAAUGCAUUCCCCGAAGAGUCCAUCCCCCGAAAGGUCCAUUCCCCGAAAAGUCUUUCCCCAAAAAGUCUUCCCCGAAAAUGCAUUCCCCGAAACUGCAUUCCCGAAAAGUCACUAACCCGUUUCAUAUUUAAACCGCUUAUAACAAUUUCGGAACUGAUCCUUUUCCUUUCAGACCCAAAACUAUGCCCUUAUAGAAGUCCCGAUCCUAAAACAAGGUAACUUGAACCUACCUUACUCCAACGGCUCCUUCUUGUUAACAAUCACUGUAAGUUGUUGAGCUUCACAAUCUAAGAGUUGAACUUAAUGUUAGUCAGUGAAACUUACCUUAUCUCAAACUUCAGGCCAAACAAAAGGGAAUGGAGAACAAGGCCAACCUGUUGGUGGAGAUCAUUCCUGUAACCGGCGUCGAGUUUCUUUCCAUCAGACCUGGCAGCUUGGAUCUAACGCAAGGUCAAGACUAUGUUGAUGAAGAUGUUGCCAGUGGGGAAGCACCUGCUGAAGUCGCUCCAAAGGUUCAAGGACCACCUGGUAAAGACAAAAUUUUGUUUCCAGAAAUAUUUUUGUUCAAAAAAUGCGUAAUCAUGACAGUUUUUUAAAUUUUUCAUGACGUUAUUUAUAGAAUUUUCAUUGAUUAAAUAAAACUGGUCACUACGACGGAAUUCCUGGAUUUUCCAGAAAUUAUGUCACCUAAGGAGCCUUAACUUGAUAAUUUAUUACAUUUUUAGAAAAUAUGUCAUUAAUAUAAUACAUUUUUAGGAAUUUUAUUAAAUAUGUCAUGAUGAAAUAUUUUCUGAACAUUUUUGAUUUCAGUGAUCGAAAUCGUGGUGAAGGGAGCGAAAGAUGGCAUUUUCUCAGUCUCUGAGAGUUUACUCCGCUUCUCCCGAGUUCCUGGUGUCGAGAUUGAAGUGAACGUGAGAAACUACAGUAACCCCACUGACUACAUUGAACUGUCGCUUGAGCCGAGUGAUGUUUUCGCCGCUCGACCUCAGAUGGUGAGCCCAGGAGAGCCAGUCCAGCUGGUUGUCCUGGAUUCGAAUGCUUUGGACUUCGAAGCGACACCAAAAGAGUUGCACUUUAAACUGAACGCUCGCCUUAGGGGAAAGUUUAAGAGUGUCGCCAAGGAAAGUGUUCACCUUGUCGCUGAAAAGGUGGACGAGUCGGAUCAGCCACCAGUGUUCGAGAGGGAGCGAUACAUGUUUGGCAUUGACACGGAGUGGAAACACGAUUCUGAAGUCGGAGAAGUGAAGGCCGUGGACCUGGAUUCUGCUCAGAACAUACAGUACACCUUGUUGGGACACGGUAGUCAGAAGUAGGUUUACUGUGGUUUAUGUGGUUUUAAAUUUGGCUACGACAACAUUAUUGUCUGUCUUGAUGAAACUGAAACUAGGUAAUGUAAAGUAGUGACAAUAAUAGUAGACAUAUAAUAAUGAAUGUUAUUGUAGGUUCAAGUUGCACAAUGGCAUACUGUAUGUUGACUGUGGUAUGUCAGAGAAGUGUUUUGACAAAGGACAUGAAUAUCAUUUACUGGCUUUGGCUGUCGAUCAAAGUAAGUUGAAGUCUACUACAUUAUAACCAAAAUUACUGUACUUUUUGUGUUACAGUAGUAAAACAUUUAGCUUAAAGAUGUUACAGUAACAAUUUACAGCUGGUCAGACCUCGAAGCCGGCUUCAAUUAUGAUAAAAGUGGAAUCUACAGUAUCCGAGGAGUGUUACAUAGAAGUUCCGAGCAAAGAACUUACAGUAAGAAACGGGAAACUGCAGUAUCCGUUCAACUUUGUCGUAAACAACAUACGACGAUCUAUUAUACCAAAGUUUACUGUAAAGCUGGAUGGUAAAGCUAAGAAGUACUUUGAAAUAGAAGCCUUGACCAAGCGGCUACACAAUCUGAAGCUGAUUCAGGAGAUUCCAGAUGGCAAGUACAGCCUCGACCUUGUUUUAGGCCAGAAGUCAGGCAAGCAGAGGACCAGGAUUACUGUAGUUUCAAAGAAUGAGUCUCAGGUCAAAUUCAAGAAACACAAUCAUACUGUAACUUUGGCUACAGUAAAAACCGGAUUGGCAGUUCUGACUGUAGAUUUGACUGGGAAACGACCAAAACACGUCAAGUUUGUUAUCAAUGGCAUCACCUCUAAUUGGGUCUCUAUCAAUCCGAAGAGUGGACAGGUUACUGUAACUCAAACACCAAAGUAAGUGUUUUAAUGUAUUUUAUUGAUAUUGGUAAAGCGAUGUUAUUUGAAUGAAUUUAGUUUUUAUAUUAUAUUAUGAUUACAGUAUGCUUUUAUUACUGUAAGCGUGUUUAAAGUAAGUUUACUGUAUUUUAGAGCAUCAGAAACAUUGCGUUUUACUGUAACCGCUUACAAUACAAAGACUGGUAAGAUCUUGGAUGAAGCUACAGUAACCCUAAAGUAUAAGGGUGAGAAGCCAGUGGAGGCUGAUACAUCUUCGAAAGUACUUUAUUAUCACAAAGGCAAGGCUGAUAACAAGAUAACUUUAUUUCAAUAUUUACUAUAGUAUACUGUAAUUUAAUGGUGUAGAUCAGGGACGUCGCUACAGAUUUUCUCUGGGGAAGGGGGAGGCCGUAAAAAUUUUUUUUUCGUCUACCUGUGGACCGAUUUUCCAAAUAUUUUUUUUUCGUUUUUUGACGUACAGGUACCUACCUACCUGUGGAAUCUUUUUCGGAUCAUCGGAUCAGCUCUGGGGGGGAGGGGGUACCCCUCCCCCCCCCCUACCCCGUCCCCCAAACGACGUCCCUGGUGUAAAUACACAGUUAACUUACAGUAGCCUUUGACCUUCAUGUUAUAUUGUCUAAAAUACGAUGCUUUAGAAGGGCUGAAGUUUAAAAAGGACAGAAGUCUCAAGACUCAGAAGAUCGUUGGCUACAAUCACAACCGACAGCAAGUGGUUGUUUCUGACGGGAAAUACAACGGCAGUCCGAACGGUGACAUGUACAUAUCAUACGAUCUGCUCAAGAUGUUCAACUACAUGCAAGUCUUCUUUGCGGGACCAUUUGACAAACAAGGUGGGGUUUGUUUUGUAUUUAUACAUAAAACAUUCAUCAUAUACAGUAAUAUACGAUAGAAUGUUUUUAUUAUAAUGUACAGUAUUACAUUUCGUUUUCAUAAUAUACAGUAUAACAUGUACGUAUUUGUUUUACUUGACCAUUUACUGCAGUGAUGUAACAUGUUAUUUAGUUAUAUACACCUUGUUGAACGAAGAUCCUUCAAACAACCGGAAGCCUGUGUUCGUAUCUCCAUGGAUGUCUGACUUUGAGGAGAUUACUGUAACAGAUGUGCCUUCUGACAGUCAUCGUGACAUUAUUUGUUUACCAUGCGUUUACAAUGGACAUACGAUUGGCAAUGUCACUUUGACAUCUGAUCUGAAUGUUGUUUACAGUACCAAAACUGGUAUGUUCUUAUCUAAAAUAGCUUAAUUUGAUUCUAAAAGUAUUACUGUAACUAACAGUGUACUUUUAAUACUAAACUAUUACUGUAACUGACAUCAUGUUUAUACUCAUGUUGUGUUGCAGGCUGUCUCCAUACUUUUGAGAAGAUACAAGGCGAGCACAAGAUACGAUUGGAAUGCUACAACGACGACGAGAAGACUACUGCUACCAUCAAGCUGGCUACCGUAGCUACAGUAAAUUCUGUGCAAUUGAAAGAUAAAACUGUUACUAUUUCUGAGAACGAAAAUAGUACUGUAAUCGCCAAGUACAGUGUUCCGAACGCUUCUAAGUUCAAAUUUGAAUUAUCUGGAGAGAAUUCUGACCUAUUCUAUGUUACAGUAACCGCUGACGAGGUUACUGUGAAAGCGAGCAGUAAACUGAACUUUGACUUUGAAGAUACGAAGUCCUAUGCCUUGUUUGUUACUGUAGUUGAUAGCAGUGGAGGCAGAAAGACGGCUUUGGUAUGUUUUGUAGGUAUACUUACAUUAUAGACAUAUGUUAUCAAUUAACUGACGUUUUUUAUAUAUUACUAUGUAAUACUUAUUCACUAUAUUUUUAGCUUUUGAUUACCGUAUUGGACGUGAACGACAAUUACCCAGUGAUUACCGUAGUCCCAAAGGUCCUUCACACUUACAGUCAUUGGACCAAAGACGUUACAGUAACUUCUAUUAGAGCUCGUGACGCCGAUUCUGGUGACAAUGGAAAGUUACAGUAUGAAAUACUAGAAGCUUCCUUCUUAAAAAUUGACAGAACUAGUGGGAUUGUUACAGUAUCCGAGGAUCUGGAACCAUUUGGAAGAGAAGAGCCAUACAUAGUCACAUUGAAAGUGGCAGAUCACGGUGAUCCAGCCAAGAGUACGAUACUCGACAUUCCUGUGUACGUUCAUACUGUAAUUGAGGCUUUUGACAAACAAAUCGAGAUACUGUCGCCUUCUGAAAACUGUAUCGUAGAGAUUUCUGAAGACGAGAAAAUAAAUAGUACGGUAUUCAAUGCUAAGGCAGUACUCAAAGGAAUGGACCUGGACGACGCUCUUCUCAAGUACUAUAUUAAGGUAGGUCAUGUGUUUAAAAUUGUAAAAAUAUUACUGUAAAAUAGGCAGAUAAUCUUUUUUUUAUUAAAUAUUCAAAUUUUCAGCCAGAAUCUGAAUCGGCGUCAGACUUCUUGCAGAUGGACGAAGAGACUGGCGACAUGCGACUACUGAAGCUGCUGGACUACGAAGAGCUGUCGCAUUUGACGGUAAGCAGCCUUGAACAAUAA